AUGGUGCCUAGACGAGGCCUCAGCCCAACUCAAGUGCUUGAACCGCUACUAAGCUCAACAACACGCAGCAGUGAUUGGCGCGGUCGUGAGGGGAGAACACCAACCGGCGAGUUUCUUCGGCCAGUUUUCGGCUGCGGCGAUGGACCCUUGCUGACUGUGUCAGGUACAUUCGAGCACAGUGCUUGCAACCCCACUUAUUCUCCGGCGACGUUUGCGACUGCGAGCAGCACAAGAGUCACAAACUCUGUGACGGGCCUUAAGCCGGAUAUUCUGGCCAUCCUUGACAAAUUGGUCGAUAAUAAGCCUGGCUUCACCUCUGUCGGAGUUGUCAAUAUUGUGAAGGCGAAUCUCCAGUCCCUUCGGAAUCUCACCAAUGUACUCUCCACAGAGAUCCAAGCCAAGGUCACCACUGCGGACAAGGCUACCAUUGCGUCAGGGAUUGUGGAGGCCUUGCCCGCCACUCCAGUCCUAAUAUAG